GCCUGGAUAGUUUGUGGAUAUAAUUACUGACUGGAAUCUGGGCUGUUGCGGUUGUACGUGGGGGGGGAGAGAGGAGAAAAGAAAGCAUCCCCCCCCCCUCCGCCGACUCUCCCUGCUCCCUCUCCCCACAUUUUUUUUUCUCCCCGUUUGGUGGUGGUUCGGACAUUUAAUGUAUUGAAUGAACUGGAAUUGCUUUCCGUGUGAGGAGGAUGGUUGCUGAUACUUUGUGAUGAGAUCGGGAAUGAAUUGCUCGGUUUAAAAAUGCUGCUUUGGAUUCUGUUGCUGGAGACGUCUCUUUGUUUUGCUGCUGGAAACGUUACAGGGGACGUUUGCAAAGAGAAGAUCUGUGCUUGCAACGAGAUAGAAGGGGAUUUGCACGUAGACUGUGAGAAAAAGGGAUUUACCAGCCUGCAACAUUUCACCGCCCCAACUUCCCAGUUUUACCAUUUAUUCCUGCAUGGCAACUCCCUGACUCGACUUUUCCCUAAUGAGUUUGCUAACUUUUACAAUGCGGUCAGUUUGCACAUGGAAAACAACGGUUUGCAUGAGAUUGUUCCUGGGGCUUUCCUUGGGCUGCAGCUGGUGAAACGCUUGCACAUAAACAACAACAAGAUCAAAUCGUUCAGGAAGCAGACUUUCCUGGGGCUGGACGAUCUGGAAUACCUCCAGGCAGAUUUUAAUCUAUUGCGGGAUAUUGACCCGGGAGCAUUUAGGGACUUAAACAAGCUGGAGGUGCUGAUUUUAAAUGACAAUCUCAUCAGCACCUUACCCCCCAACGUGUUUCAGUACGUGCCGAUCACCCACCUCGACCUCCGGGGAAACCGUCUUAAAACCUUGCCUUACGAGGAGGUCCUGGAGCAGAUCCCAGGCAUUGCUGAAAUCCUGCUAGAGGAUAACCCCUGGGACUGCACUUGCGAUCUGCUGUCGUUGAAAGAAUGGCUGGAAAACAUACCUAAAAACGCUUUGAUCGGCAGAGUGAUUUGUGAGGCUCCCACUAGGUUGCAGGGCAAAGAUUUAAAUGAGACCACAGAGCAAGAGCUGUGCAAAAAGAACAGAGUAGAUUCUAGCCUAGCUGCUCCCCCUGCUGAAGAAGAAACCUGCGAUCCUGGUCCAAUUCCAACCCCCUUUAAAAUACAUGGCAAAGAAGACCCUGCCACACCAGGAUCUGCUCCAAACGGAGGUACAAAGAUUCCUGUCAACUGGCAAAUUAAGACCAGACCCACUGCUGCCGUGUCGACAGUGAGUGCAAAGAGCAAGCUACCAGCUACCUUGUCCUGCCCACACAUCUGCAGCUGCGAUCAGAUCCCUGGCUCGGGUUUAAAGGUUAAUUGCAAUGACAGAAACGUGAGCAGCUUGGUGGAUUUGAAGCCCAAGCCAUCCAACGUGCAGGAGCUGUUUCUGAGAGACAACAAAAUACAUACUAUCAGGAAAUCCCACUUUCUGGAUUACCGAAAACUUAAUUUACUUGAUCUGGGCAACAACAACAUUGCCACCGUCGAGAACAACACCUUCAAGAACCUCUUUGAUCUCCGAUGGCUCUACAUGGAUAGCAACUACUUAGACACCCUGUCCCGGGAGAAAUUCGCUGGGCUGCAAAACCUGGAGUAUCUGAACGUGGAGUUUAAUGGGAUCCAGAUGAUCAUGCCUGGCACCUUCAAUGCGAUGCCCAAACUGAGAGUCCUCAUCCUCAACAACAACCUGCUGAGGUCUCUCCCAGUAGAUGUGUUCGCUGGGGUCUCGCUCUCCAAGCUGAGCAUACACAACAAUUAUUUCAUGUACCUCCCGGUGGCAGGGGUGCUGGACCAGCUCACCUCCAUCACCCAGAUCGACCUGCACGGCAACCCAUGGGACUGUACUUGCCCUAUCGUGCCUUUCAAACAGUGGGCGGAGAUGCUGCGCCCCAAGGUGAUUAUGAGCGACCUAAGGUGCGAAUCCCCUGAAGAUUUCUUCAAGGAGGAUUUUGAGUCUCUCUCCAACGAUGUGAUUUGCCCUCAGUUAAAAAUCUCGCCCACAUUAACUUCUAACAAAAACAGCACCGGGUUGACAGAGACAGGUACUCACUCCAACUCCUACUUGGAGACCAGUCGGGUCUCUAUUUCGGUGCUAGUGCCAGGACUCCUGCUGGUUUUUGUGACCUCUGCCUUCACGGUGGUUGGCAUGCUGGUGUUCAUCCUGAGGAACAGAAAGCGGUCCAAGAGGAGGGACGCCAACUCCUCUGCAUCCGAAAUCAACUCUUUGCAGACGGUCUGUGACUCGUCCUACUGGCACAACGGGCCCUACAGCGCCGACGGGGCCCACAGGGUGUAC